AUGGGAGGCCAUCCCCUCCCGGCCCUGCCCCUCGGCUUCAGAAUCGUCGUCACCGGCGCAAACGACUUCAUCGCGAGCCACACCAUCGACCAGCUCCUCGCGCGGGGCUACCUCGUCCGCGGCACAGUCCGCAACCCCGCCCGGACCCGCUGGCUGGCCGAGGACUUUGACAAGACCUACCAUCCAGGAGUAUUCGCCCUCCACGAAGUCGCCGAGGUCACCAGAGACGGGGUUUUCGACUCAGUCGUCGAUGGCUAG